AUGUCUCGCAUACUGGGCCCACUCAAAAGUGCGGGAUUGGAUGGUGUCAAGAUGCACAGUGGUGAUGGCGCUCUUCGCCGCUGUCACCCUUUGUUUGCCUCCUUUGUCGGGGAUUAUCCAGAGCAGCUCCUAGCUAUGGGCGUGAAGUUUAUGGAGUGCCCUAAGUGCAACAUUGACGCUGGUGACACCAGGAGCAACACAGUAGCCUUUCACCUGCGCAAUCUGGGCUCAGUGCUAGAUGCACUUGCUGCUCUUGAUCAUGGAAGUCUUGCAUUUGUCCAUGCAUGCGCUGCUGUAGGCAUCAAGCCCAUUGUUCACCCAUUCUGGGAGGAUCUCCCCUUUGCAAACAUCUUUUGUGCUAUCACCCCUGAUGUACUACAUCAGCUGUACCAGGGCCUAGUAAAACAUCUUGUCCAGUGGCUCUCAGAAGCGUGCGGAGCAGCUGAAAUUGACGCUCGAUGUCGCCAUCUCCCUCUGAACCACAACAUACGAUUAUUUAUGAAAGGUAUCACCACCUUGUCGCAUCUGAGUGGCAAGGAACAUGCCCAGAUUUGCCGAUUUCUACUGGGAAUCAUCAUUGACAUUCUCUUACCAAACAAUUUGAACGCAAGUCGUCUCUUACGUGCAGUGCAGGGACUACUGGAUUUUUUGUACCUCACACAAUAUCCCUGCCACAGCUCCGAAACUCUAGAACUAUUGCAGGUGGCACUAGACACUUUCCACGACAACAAGGGUAUUUUCGUCAACCUUGGUAUACGGAAGAAUUUCAACUUACCGAAGCUCCACGCUGCUCGCCAUUACCCCCAUAUGAUCAUGCUGUUCGGUACAACAGAUAACUACGAUACUGAAUACACCGAACACCUCCACAUUGACAUUGCGAAGGAUGCUUACCGUGCGACAAACCACAAGGACGAAUUCAUUCAAAUGACUGCCUGGUUAGAAUGA